UCUGACUGUUCGGUCAUGUACGGGAAGGUUUUUCUGCAGUGUGUACGAGACUGGGAGCAUUUAGUCCAUGUUCGCCGCAGGAUGGAGUCAUCGUGUCUGGACCUGGCUCUGGAAGGUGAGCGACUCUGUAAGGCGGGUGACUAUCGGGCUGGCGUUUCCUUCUUUGAGUCGGCCAUCCAGGUCGGAACAGAGGACCUUCAGAUCCUCAGUGCCAUCUACAGUCAGCUAGGCAAUGCCUACUUUCACCUACAGGAAUAUAACAAAGCCCUGGAGUACCACCGGCAUGACCUCACACUCACCAGGACAAUUGGAGAUGAACUCGGUGAGGCCAAAGCCAGUGGAAAUCUGGGGAACACAUUAAAGCUUUUAGGACGGUAUGAUGAGGCAGUGGUCUGUUGCCAAAGACAUCUGGAAAUCACCAGAGCCAUGUAUGACAAGGUUGGGCAGGCUCGAGCGCUGUAUAAUUUCGGGAACGUUUACCAUGCCAAGGGUAAGAGCAUCUGCUGGAGUGGAGCCGAGCCAGGAGACUUCCCAGAGGAGGCCAGGAUAGCCCUACGGAAAGCUGCACAGUACUAUGAGGCAAACCUGUGCCUGGUUAAAGAGAUGGGUGACCGAGCAGCCCAGGGUCGAACCUACGGAAACCUGGGAAACACUUACUAUCUGCUGGGUGACUUUCAAACAGCAGUGGGUGCACAUGAAAAGCGACUUCUCAUCGCUAAAGAGUUUGGGGAUAAGUCCGCUGAGAGGAGGGCCCAUUGCAACCUUGGCAAUGCUCACAUAUUCCUCAACCAAUUUGAGGUGGCAGCUGGUCAUUACAAGAGAACUCUGCAGCUGGCCAGGCUUUUGAAGGACAGAGCAGUGGAGGCCCAGGCCUGUUACAGUCUGGGCAACACCUACACACUUCUGCAGGACUAUGAGAGAGCCAUUGAUUACCACCUCAAACAUCUGGUCAUUGCUCAGGACCUUAAUGACCGAGUCGGUGAAGGAAGAGCAUAUUGGAGUCUAGGAAAUGCCCACACUGCCCUGGGGAAUCAUGAGCAAGCCAUGUAUUUUGCUGAGAAGCAUCUGGAAAUUGCCAAAGAGACUGGAGACAAAAGCAGUGAGGUGACAGCCAGGAUGAACUUGUCCGACCUGCGGUUGGUCGUAGGCCUCAAAGCCAGCUCCAACCUCCACUCAAACAUCUACCGUAACACCAACAUGAACAGCUCAGCUCUGCCGGCACUUUACCAGAAUUACCCAGACCUCCCAGGUGUGAAUUCUCAAAUGAGAAGUACAGAGAAUUUGGAGAUGAAUCAAAGUACUGAUAAAAGUCCAGCUGGAGACUCAUCAGGACAUCCGGACUGGGAGGAGGAUGUAUUUGCCAGGUCUUCAAAAACGAACACAAUAAAGGCCUCCACUAAGCUCUUCCUCUUCCAUCGGUUGAAAAGCAAAAAGCGGAAAAACAACAAAUCACUUCUUAAAGGUCACAACGACAGCAGCACCGAGCCCUCCCCAAAUGAAGCUGAUGCACCAGGGUCACCAAAGCCAGGGACGCGGGACACCAUAGGAGAGGAUGGCUUUUUCGACCUCCUCUCUCGUUUCCAAGGCAACCGAAUGGAUGAUCAAAGGUGCUCCCUACUGGAUGGCCAGAGCCAUCUUCCUGACCAUUCCUCUCCCUCCUCCACCCCACCUGUAGCUGAAAGGAAAUCUAUUUCGGAGUCCGAACCACUAUUGCAGGAUCCCGGUCAUUUCCUGGAGCUGCUGGCCAGCUCCCAAGCCCGUCGUCUAGACGACCAGCGAGUCAGCCUAAGCCAUUUUCCUGGCUUGCGACUCAGCACAUCCAACCCGCUUCCUACACCGGCCACCUCAACAGAUCCAGCCCCCACUCAAGCCCCCAACUCCAGUACAAGUCCACCUCACACACCCUCCCUUUACGAUCAUAUCGAGGCCAGUGCUGAGCAGCCUGAGGGGGAUGAGGUCUUCUUUGACAUGCUAGUCAAGUGCCAGGGAUCCAGACUGAAUGACCAGAGGUGUUCUGCUCCAGUUUCGACGACAAAGGGACCGACCAUGCCAGAUGAGGAUUUUUUCAGUCUUAUUAUGCGUUCCCAGUCCAACAGGAUGGAAGAACAACGGGUUCUGCUGCCUCCUACCGCCACUCAGUCUAAACCAGACUGACUCAUUGAGCCAUUCAUUACAUUUCCAAGGAUGUACGAUGAAGUAGCCAAGUUUCCAUUCAUCUUCAGAACUCUUUUUGGGACCCAUACAACCCUUUGGAUUAAGCUGAAAAUACUCCAGUGACUCUGCUGAGAGGAAUACAAGUCAAGUUUUACAAGUCUCAUGUGAAAGACUGGCCUCUGAUGCCAGGAAAUCAUGGGAAAUGCAAGUUUUAAAAACAUGAACUAGUUUUUAGUUUUACAGCUUCUCUGGGGGAGGAUGACGCACUCUUUCGUACCGUGGUCCUCUCCAUUGACUUUUCAAGAAGAGACCUCCACUAAUUAGCAACAACUGCCUACUCUAGAUACUAACCUCAGGUGUGUCUAUUGCACAAACUGUAAGGAUACUCUAUUCCAGUGUCUUGAGCCAAACCAAAGGUAACGGGAGCAAGAACAAACUGAACUUUGCAGAUUCCUGUGAUGAAGGUCUUACAUUGAGACGUUCUACAGGAAGGUGAAGUGGAACGUUGCAUGUUCUGCUAGAGGCAAGUUGCAAAUUCCACAAAGUCUUUACAAGAGGUACAUGUUGGUUGGAAUUCAUCUCAGAGGUCUUUACUCCUUCCAUUCAGGGUCAAAUGAUAAAUCCCGUCUCUGGAAAUUGUCCCUUUGACUAACACUGAACUUUUGUGGCGGUUGGAAUCAUUAUCUGCCUCUAAAAACAUUUUAAAAUGGUUAGAAGCGAUGUUUUAAUAGUGUUUGUAAUUUUGCCUUGAACUUCUGAAAUGAAUGGGAUUUUUCUUCUUUUUAACCACAUUUUAACUAGUGUAAAAAACAAAAAAAAGAUGUUAAUUUAGCUUUUAUAUUGUUUUACUUCUCCUGAUUUUGGAGAAAUAAAGCCUCCUUUUGUUUA